GGGAGGAAACUGCCUGAGCCAGGACUCCUGGGUUCUGUUCCUAGCUCUAACCUUGCAUGAGCUCAGCCGUUCCCUGCCUGACCGCUGCAGUCAGUGUCCUUACCAUGGUGCACGGGGGGGCAGGCCCCUAACCAAAAUGCCCCUGCCCCACGCAGCUUGAAAUGCAGGGAGGGAGUAGCUGCUGGCAUCUGAGGAACUGAGACAAGUGCCAGACUUCUGCUGUGAAUUCCCUGUGACCCUGCUGUGGCACUUAGAGGCCAGGGUGAGGGACAUGUUAGACUUGCCUGAGAUGAGCAGCGGGGCCGAGGGCUCGAGUGCUGGCCUGGGGAGCCCAGUCCGUUCACAGCCCUGCAGGGUAACGAGUUCAAGGAGAACACAACUUCCUUCCCUAGUGUGACUGAGACACUAGGUGCUCCUGCCUGGACCACCCAGCCUCUGCUCCCAUUCCUCUGGGAUCUCGGUGGUGGCUUCAUGCAGCUAGGGCCCAAGGUGGUUCUGGGCCCCUGCCUCAGCCUCCUCCUUGCAUCAGUUGCCCCAGAAGUGCACCGCGGGAUGGCUGACGAAAGCCCUUGGAGUUUCUCUGGAGGUUACGGGGGAAGCACUGCUCUGAAAUGCUGCUUUAACUGGCCAGGGAACCCCCCUAGGGAGGGCCAGGAGCCCCUGUGGGGGCACUGGAAGGACAGUGGGGACCUUGCCCUACAACAACCAAGAGGCUGAGAUACCAUGGGGACGAGCGCAGUUAGAGGAGGCAGCUCCUCUCCCCAGGCUCCCAGACCAGUUCAGCCUGAGGCUGCAGAGCUUUGUUCUAUGAGCAAGAGAAUCCAGUUCCUCUUGGCUUUUGAUUCCAGCUGCGAAGCCCAGGCUCAGGGUAGCUUUCAGCAGCACUGCCUCUGAUGUCUGCACUUCUAGCACUUGGGAGGAGAUCCUGGCUCUUCCCUCAGCAGUGGGGUGGAAGCAGCUGGCUGGGAGAGGGCCAUGGUGAGGCACACAGGCUGGUUGGCUCAUUGCUUGGAAGUUCCCGAACAUCAUAGGCUAAAAAUAGCCAGUGAUUGGAGCAGGCAGUAGUUCCCAGUGGGGAGGGGUCCUGGGGUCACACCAGGCUGCAGUUCCUAGCAGGGAGGGGUCCUUGGGUAACCCUAGGCUGGAGCAGGCAGCAGUUCCCAGCAGGGAAGGGUCUUGGGGUCACACCAGGCUGGAGCAGGCAGCAGUUCCCGGCGGGGAGGGGACCUGGGGUCACACCAGGCUGGAGGGGAGGGUGAGCAGCAGUUCCCUAUAGAUUUCUUUGGGUCGCACUUUCCUUUCCAUCUCUGCUAGUGCUGCCUGAUUCUGGCUUCAUGGGGUCCGGGGUGGGAUUUGCCAAACCGCUGCCUUGUCUGAUUCCGUCUUUGCUUUUCCCCCAGUCUUCUAGACGAAAGUGCAUCUUCAUACAUCACCACACAUGAGAGCAGGGAGACUGCCUGGCCCAGACCUGACAAUGGCAGCCGAGUCGGUGCCCACCUCCCUGCCCAGCUGGGAGCUGGAGGCCUGGUACGAGGACCUGCAGGAGGUGCUGUCCUCAGAUGAGAAUGGGGGGACAUCCCUGCCCCCUGGGGGAGUGGAACAGAAGGAUCUUGCCACGCUUGAUGCCACAGCGCUGCUAUGGGGCUUGGAUUGCCCAGCCCCCUUGGCAGAGCCGACAGGCAAUGCCCCUGAGAGCUGCGAGCUGGAUGCCAGCUUGACGGCCGAGCUGCUGGAGCUGCUGAGCGGAACGGCCGAGGAGCUGGUGGGGCUCCCUGAAUCUGACUCCAGCCAGAGCUCCCCGGCUCAGACCUGCACGGAGGACGAGGAGGGGGCAGGCCCGGCCUGUGGCGUGAAGAGGAAGAGAAGCAGCCAGCCCCAGAGGCAGGGCAAGAAGCGGAGCGUGGAGAAGGAGCAGAAUGAGAAGAGGGUGACAGAGCUGGUGGCCGAGAAUGAGCGGCUCAAGCAGGAGAUUGAGCGGCUGAGCACGGAGGUGGAGGCCACCAGGGCGGCGCUGAUCGAGCGCAUGGUGAACCUGCAGAAGGUGUAGGGCUGAACUGAGCCCAAGGGGCUGCAGGGUCCUGUGCCUGUUAGACUCACGAUGGGCAGCUGGGCCCCACUGGGGUAUGGCCCACUUGCCACAAGACAGGUGUGCAGAGCCAGGACUGGACCUGAGGCUGAACAGACCAGUGGCUGCCCUGGACAGACUGACUCAGACCACAGCCCCAGGGGCCCUACGGCUGCUGGUGCUGCGGGCA